GAACUAUGGCCAAAAGAAAGGUUGAAGAGGAAGCCAUCCUUGAACAUGACCCAAGCUCAGAUGAAAUAGAAAAGAGUGAAGUUGAGGAACAAGUCACCAAGACCGAGGAUUCCGAGCAAGAAGAGGACGAGGAUGACGAUGACGAUGAAGAGGACGACGAGGAAGAAGAAACUCCUAAAGCCAACGGGCACUCGGGACCUCCCACCAAGAAACAACGGAAACAGCUCUCAGCUCAAGAUAUUCAGGUGGCCAGAGAAACCGCAGAACUCUUUAAAUCCAACAUAUUCAAACUCCAGAUCGACGAGCUUAUGAAAGAACUUAAAUUGAAAGAUUCUCACGUUGCCAAGAUCGAGAAAGUUUUGCAUAGACUCCAUGAGCUCAUUUCUCAAGUUCCCUCUACUGAAAAUUUACUGUUGAACCAGGCCGAGGCCCUUUUCAAUUCCAAAAAGAUCGUUAUUCCUUUCCCAGAUCCAAAGCCAACUAAAGUCAACUACACAUUCUCCUAUGUUCCUCCAAAGGAUAUAUCCUUGGUGGGGUCGUUUGGGUUAAAGACAGGAAUAGCCAGCGCCGAAGGUCUGUCCAUAGACAUCGCAUUGACAAUGCCAGAAGAGUUGUUCCAGCCAAAGGAUUACCUUAAUUAUAGAGCUCUUUACAAGAGAGCAUUUUACUUGGCCUACUUGGCUGAACACUUAAUUCCAUUAUCGAAGAAGAACAACUUACCAAUCAAAAUAUCAUACCAUUUCCUUAAUGAUGAUCCAUUAUGCCCGGUAUUGAAGCUUGAAUCCAUUCAAACGGAUAACCAAAAAGAUUUGACAUUCCAUAAAACCAAAUUCACUAUCAAUCUUUUAGUGGCGUUCCCAUUCGGUUUCUUCGACUCCAAGAAGUUGUUGCCUGAUAAGAACUGUAUCAGAGUACAAUCAGAAGCAGCUGAAUUACCACCUACUCCAUUAUACAAUGCAUCGAUUUUGUCCUCAACUUCAUACGACUACUACUUGAAGUUCCUCUACACUACCAAGAAGACUACUGAGGCCUUCAAGGAUGCAUGUAUCUUGGGUAGAUUGUGGCUUCAGCAGCGUGGAUUUGGGUCAUCAUUUAAUAAGGGUGGAUUUGGCCACUUUGAAUUCGCCAUUUUGAUGUCAGUCUUAUUCAACGGAGGAGGUUUGAAUGGAAAUAAAAUCUUACUUCACGGGUUCUCUUCGUACCAAUUAUUCAAAGGAACAAUCAAAUAUUUGAGCUCCAUGGAUUUAAGUAAUGAUGGUUACGUAUCCUUCUCGUCAUUGAUCGGGGAGAAUGUUCCUUCCAAGUAUAACUCAGGUGGGUUUGGGGUUCCAACUAUCUUUGACAAAAACACCAAAUUGAACGUUUUGUGGAAAAUGACAAAGUCCUCUUAUGAAAAUUUGCAAGCGCAAGCUAAAGAGACUCUCAGAUUAUUGAAUGAUGUGGUUUUCGAUAGAUUUGAUCCAAUCUUAUUGCAAAAGUCUACAUUUGAUCAAAUGAAGUUUGAUAUCGUAUUGAACUUCAAUAUUCCUGAAGAAUUGAUGGAAUCAUUCGGUCCUUUGGAAAGAAUCACCUUCAUUAGCUUUGACAAUUAUAUCAAGCAUAAGCUUUAUGUCAUUUUAAAGACUGCUUUGAAUAACAGAGUCAACUUGAUUCAUAUACGAAAUGAAACUCCUUCCAAUAGUUACCCAUUGACUAAGAGAAAACCAUCUGCCUCAUCAUCCAUGUCAUAUGUCGUUGGUCUUCAAUUGAACACCGAGGAAUCAGAAAAGUUGGUUACUAAGGGACCUAGCAACGAUGACCAAGAACUUGGAAUGAAGUUCAGAUCCUUUUGGGGAUCUAAGGCAUCAUUGAGAAGAUUUAAGGAUGGUAAUAUCCAACACUGUGUGGUUUGGACCUACACCAAUAAUGAGCCUAUUGUCUUAACCAUUGUCAAGUUUGCUCUUGACCAACACUUACAUCAGCAGAUGUCAAGUACUUUGACAACAGACAUAGUCAGCUUUAACGAUAGACUUGCACCUCCAUUGAUUUCAGGAAGUUCAACUUCGCAAGGGUCUUUACAAUCAGGUGUCACGUCAUUGACCAAUUACACCAGCCUUAUUAGUUCAUUUGAUGAUUUGGUUAAGAUUAUCACGAACUUUACUCUUCCAUUGCAAGUUAGAUCAAUUUCUUCUGCCUCUGCUGCCUUGAGAUAUUCAUCUCUUUUACAGCCUGUUCCAUUCGCUGCAUCCAAUCCUGAUUUCUGGAAUGAUCUUGUUUUGGAGUUCGAAUCCUCUACUAGAUGGCCUGAUGAAUUGAUUUCCUUGGAAAAGAUGAAGACUGUUUUCUUGCUCAAGAUCCAUGAACUUCUUGGAGAUUCUACUUACAGAUCAUUUUUGACAACUGAUUCAUCCAUCCCAUACAACCAAAAUAUUUGCUUGUUGAACAUUCUCACUCCUGAAGGGUUUGGGUUCAGAAUCAGAGUAUUAACGGAAAGAGAUGAGAUCCUUUACCUCAGAGCUAUUACCAAUAGCGACAAACAAAAGGCUUUAUUGCAAGAUGUCUACUUGAAGUUUAACCAAAGAUACAUGGGCGUUGUAAAGCACACAAGAACCAUUAGUCAGCUUGCGACUUACUACAAGUUUUAUUCACCAACUGUCAGAUUAUUCAAGCAAUGGUUGGACUCACAACUUCUUUUGCAUCACUUUUCGGACGAACUUAUUGAGCUUCUUGCUAUAAAGCCGUUUGUUGAUCCUGCUCCAUAUUCAAUUCCAAACUCAGUCGAAAAUGGUUUCUUACAAAUAUUGAACUUUUUGGCAAACUGGAACUGGAAGGAAGUCCCAUUGAUAUUGGAUCUUGUCAAGUCCACUGCUGAUGAGGAUGUUACCAACCCUACUAAAUUGAGUGACAGACUUAAUAUUCAGUCCUUUAGAGUUAUCGAACUGAACUUUGAAAAGAUCAGGAAGAACGAUCCUUCCGGGAUCAAAACUCAGUUCUUUAUUGGCUCCAAGGACGAUCCCUCUGGUAUUUUAUGGACCAGCAACUUGAGCUUACCAAUUGCCAGCAGAUUAACAGCAUUGUCCCGUAUAGCUACCCAGCUUAUCAAAACACAAGGAUUAAACGAAACAAACAUGGACUUAAUUUUCACUCCAGCUUUGAACGACUUUGAUUUUGUCAUCAAGGUCAAGUCAUCUAGCUUGACUAUCUCAUCCGGUAUCUUACCACCUAAUAAAUUCAAGAAUUUGAUCAAUGCCCAAACUUCAUUCCCUGACGACAUUACAUCUCAAUAUGAUUUGAUACAGGCUUUUGUCAAGGACUUGUCUGAUAAGUUUGGACAUAUGAUCAUCUUUUCUACCAAGAAGUUUACUGGAUUAAAUCAAGAUGGUUCAAAUGUGAUCAGUGGAAUAUUCAUACCUGACUGUCUUAACAAGAAGAAGUUUAGAGCCAACAUCGGGAUCAAUGUCAAGCCAUUGGAAGACCGUGGAGAUGAAGUCGUCAUCAACAAGGAUGCUAUUUUCAACCAAAUUACCCUACUUGGUGAUGAUCUUAUUGAGUCCAUUAAGAUCCGCAAGUAGAAUGUGUAUAUAUGUAUUAAUAGACAAACUUGCCGCAGGC